UAGCAUACAAAAAGCACUAGAGCAUCGCCCUACACAUUAGUCAUUUAUCGAUCAUCAAUACGCCACCAUGGCUCUGUGGACGCCUUACGCUGAGGAAAGCGCUCUCGACCUCUCCACGAAAUACAGAAGUGAUUUACCGUAUUAUAGUGUGCCCUACACGUGCCAACAUCUAUAUGUGCCGCUGCCUGAAAGUUCCCCGGUGUCUAGUUGCUCCAGUUUGGUCACGAGCCCGCCGCUACGAACCGGGAUGAUUUCUCCACCGGAUUCGCCAGUCUCCGCCGAUAGAAAACGACCAAGUUACAUGAUGGACGUGGAUUCCCUGUCUGAUGACCCGGACUUUCAGGCCUUCGAGAAGGAUGCUUUGAGAGCUAUGGCCGAGAAGAACGGCGGAACCUUACUAGGAAACAAUCCGAGAAUGCGUCGCGCGGUCCAAACAACUCAAACCGCUGACGAUUCAUACAGAAAGCAACGGGAAAGGAAUAAUUUCGCAGCCAAACAGAGCAGAGACAGACGGAAGCUGAGGGAAAUCCACCUUGCUCUCAAAGUGACUUAUCUUAAGAACGAAGUGGCCAAGUUGAAAAGACAACUUUCAUCACAAGCCUGCAGCCGAUGCCACCAGCCCUGCACCUGCUAGAGUAACUGACUUAGAUGUAAAUUGUGUGCAAUUUUGUUAAUAUGACUUAUUUAU